CAGGUGACCAUACCACUGCUGGAGCAAGUGGACAAAUUUGUGGCCACGAAAGCUCAGAUGGAGCCCAAGCUUGGCCGCAGUGAGCUGAAGAAGUUGCUAUCCAACUCCAUCUUCCUGCUCAGCUUCGGCACAACGGACCUCUUCCACGUGUGGUACUUGCAGAACCUAAUGUUCAAGAACAACCAGACCAAUGUCCAGUACCUCCUCUCCUCCUACGGCGUCGGCAUCAAGGCCCUCUUCGAGGCGGGCGCGAGGAAGUUUGCAGUCAUCAACGUCCCACCCAUCGGUUGCGCGCCGGUAGGUCAGAUGCCAUGGCGUCGCCGUGGGUAUGUCCGUGGAAGGUGUGACGAGAGCAAGAACAAGCUCGCCAUGGAGUUCAACAACGGGCUCAAGCACCUCCUGGCAACCUUCAGCUCUAAGCUCCAUGGGUUCCGGUACUCGGUUGCCGACCACUACGGCUUGGCAAACGCUACCUUUGCGAACCCAUUAGCUGCUGGAUUUGUGAACACCAACACCCAAUGCUGCCCAAACCCCUGCAUGCCUGAUGGUUUCGGAGGGCCAUGUGAGAACCGUUCGCAGUACUGGUUCUGGGACUACUCGUACCCGACGGAGAAGGCCGCCAAGCUAGCCGCUGCUGCAUUCUACGAUGGCCCGGCACGGUUCACCGUCCCCAUCAACUUUAAGAAGUUGGUCCAGAGAAAAUGACACCCGUUUUGCUUUCCUCAUGCCAUCCAUGUCCGGUAGUAUAUAAGUUGAAUGGCCUUCCUGUCUGUGUGCUAUAUAUACUUAGUGCUUUAAUUUGUUGCUUUCUCCUCUGAAUUGAUCGAGCAAGCAGAAUGGCUAGUAAUUGACUGAGAAGAAUAAUAACCUAAGGCCACCUCCAGUGUGGUUGAAAA